AUGCGUUGGACGCCGAACUUCUCUCCAGCGAACCAGAAAAACACAAAUGCUCAGGUUUGGGUACAAUUAUGGGAUCUUGGCCUUGAAUUUUGGGAGCCGAUUACUUUGUUCCAGAUUGCUAAUGGGAUUGGAGUUCGUGUAAAAAUUGACCAGAAUACUUUGGAGAGAAAAUUUGGUCUUUUUGCUAGGGUUUUGGUGGAUAUUGAUUUAUCUUCUGAUCCUCCACAGGAACUAGCAGUUCGUCGCACAAAUGGGGAGACUGUGGUUAUUGAGGUUGGUUAUGAGAAGCUUCCUGACCUUUGUUCCCAUUGUGGCAAUGUGGGUCACAAGGUUCCUGCUUGCAAGCUUGUGCAAAUGCCAAACGCUACCCAAGUGGUGGUGGAAGCUGGUCGAGGACGAUCAAGCCAACCCCGGCGCCGUCGACGUAAAAAUAAGCAGGUUUAUGUUAUUAAGAAUGGAGAGCAGGUGGAUAAGGGGAAGAUAACUAUCAUUGAUUCCACUCCUCCAAACAUUCCUGAUGAUGGUGAGGGUCCAUCCUUUGCGUCCCCUCCUCCUUUGGAUAAAGGAGAUCACUCUUCUGGCCCUAAUCUUAUCCAACCAGUGGAAUUGGGUGAAACUGCGCUAGUGCAGGUAGACGUCGUUGGCUCUGCCAUUGAGCACAAUAUUGUUAUUGAUCAGCUAAGGCCUGAGAUUCCUAAAGUAGCUCAAACAGACUCUGCUGUAGGGAUUGUUUUGGAGGCUGCUUUGGAGGAGUCUGAGAAGAGGAAGAAUGAUCAGGCCAUCAACGGUUCAAGUGAAGAGGCUAAUGUGGAUGCUAUAAAUUCCGGUACGGAGGUUUCAGAUGCUGGAUCUGAGUCUGAUUCAGAUCCUUCUCCUAACAAGAAUGCCUCUUCUGUCCCUAUCAAUAGUUGGUAUGAGGAAGUUGAACGUGAACCUGAAUUCACAGUGGUUGUUUUUAAGUCUCGACAUAAAUCAUCAAGAGAAGCUUCUAAAGUUGAAAACCGUGAAGCUUACAUUCGCCGCUUUAAAGAUACUUCUCAAUGA